AUGAGAUUAUUAUUAGUUCUAUUGAUAGUCACAAUAGUUUCUGCCUCAAUGGCUCCUCCCAUUACAAGUAACGACAAAAAAUGGGUGAAAUCAUCAAUUGAAAAUAAUGAUUGCCAUAAAGAUUGUAAAAGAGCAGAUGGCCAUGUUUGCGCCGGAUUGCAUAAAUCAUAAUGUUGUCAAAGACAUUGGUGUUUAUAGGAUGAAAAAUUACAUGACGUUUGGAGCUGCAGAACUGGAUUCGAAAUUCAUGUUGAUUCAUGUAAUUCAUUCCCUAAAAGAGAUGCAGGAUUUCUAUAAGAAACAGAUUGAUAUAAGCAAUUAAAAUCAUUUACAUAUCCAGUAAAAUACAUUUAUUC